AGUCAUCCGCUAGCUGCUGAGCGUUAUCUGUCACACUUCGCGCUGCUUCGCGCUUUACUCGGAAGUAAACAUCAGUAAACAUGGCAAAGUUAUUGGGGUUGGAUAAACUCGCGACCUUAUUCCGUGCGAUACGCGACCAUGGUGGUAUUAUCGGUUCCGUCAAGACGUUGUUCAGGGUGGAUGAGCUGAAGAGCGGUACCUUGAUCGGAGAAGACAAGUAUGGAAAUCGAUAUUAUGAGAACAACACGCAUUUUGUAGGUCGUAACAGAUGGGUGAUAUAUGCAGAGAAAGUUGGAUUUAAUUACGAUGGUUCCCAAGUCCCAGCCGAGUGGUACGGUUGGUUGCAUUACAAGACAGAUUUGCCACCGCACAAAGACCCGUCCCGACCAAAGUACAAGUGGAUGAUCGACCAUCAACCAAAUAUGAGCGGCACUGAUAAAGCUUACAUGCCCUACAGCACCACGAGACCAAAAAUCGAACCUUGGAGGCCAUCCCAGUGACAAGCUUCGUUGUAGAGACAACGAAGUGAGAGGCAUAAAGAAUAAAACAGCUGAUUCAUAACGAUAGUGAAAUAUUAAUAAAAUAUUAUUCAGUGUAAAUAGUUACUAUCAAGAUAAAAGGAUUAUUGAUGUUUUAA